AUGGCUAGUGUCAGUGCUACGAAGCGAUCGUUUCCUAGUGACAACGAGAGUGAUGACGACAACCUUCCUACACCACCGAAGCGUCGUUGGCUCCAAUGUUAUAAAGACGAUAUUGAGGAACAACAAGGUGCUAGGGAAGAACACCGCUUGGAUGUUGCCUCGGUCUCUGACGGAGAACAUCAUGUGUCACCGGUUGUUCAAAGUCCUACCAAGCGGCCGUUUCCUACUGACAACGACAGCGAUAACGAGACCCGUCCUACACCACCGAAGCGUCGUCGACCCCAACAUAGUGAGUUCGAUAUUUCGGAACAACUACAAGGUGCUACUGAGAUGAUGGACAUUCGAGAGCAGGAAGAAGAUGUUUCGGAUGUCGUGCAGGUUCUACCUGUCAGGAGAGCCGAUACAAAAACAUUAAAAUUCUGUGAUGUAUGUCACCUCAGUAUUACUAGGAAAAACUGGGCCCGUCAUACUGGGAGUAGAGCUCACCAAGCGGCGUGGAUACAAAAACAGCAACUAAACCGGCCAUCCGUCAUAGUUCAGCCAUCCAUCAUAGUUCGGCCAUCCAUCAUAGUGCAAGUCCCACGUAAGCCUCUGCUGCCACCUAAACUUGAAAUCAUCCAAUCUAAAACGGCGUUCAGAGGUCGAAUGAAGACGUUCGAGAUCAAUAAUGUCAAAGUAAUAAAUGGUUACAAAAGUGUUGAAACUUUUAUCGAAGAUUCCAAAAAACUUAUAAUUGAAAAGGUUCGUGAUGAGGGAACUUCAUUGAAAAUCCAACUUAUCCUUAAGGCAAAGUUUGCUAAAGGGAUUACGGAAAAAGAUGAAUCUGAUUUCGAAUUCAAAACGAAAAACAUCAUCAUUUACGAAGAUUCUAAUCUAUCAGAUUUGUUAAAUGAGGCAAAACAAAAACUAUUGACUGAGAUGGAAAGUUUUAAUCACAAAGGCUCCAAUUGGAACAUGAAAACGAUUGAAUGUCUUCUUUUACAUAUCAACCGACUUAAGCCUUUGAAAGGGUCUAGUUACAUAGCCCUGCCAGAAAAAAUUCGCUUGAAACGUGCUGUUGUAAACAUAAAAAAUAAUGACCAGCGUUGCUUCAUGUGGUGUUGUCUAGCAGCACUCCACCCUCCAGAUGUACACCCGGAGCGGAUCGAAAGCUACACUGCUUAUGUUGAUGGAUUUCUCGAGUUAUUUGAUGGGAUAGAUUUUCCAGUCAAACUGACUGAUGUAAAAAAAUUUGAAAAGCGUGCAGGAUUAUCGAUCAAUGUUUAUGGUCUUGAAGAAAAUAGUGAUGUUUUUCCCUUGUGUGUGACAGAUGAAGAAAAGCCCGUGCAUGUAGACCUGUUGUUGGUUAAAGAUGGAACGAACUCACACUACUGUCUAAUCAAAAACCUAUCUCGUUUAGUUCGCAGUCAAGCUACAAAACAUCAUGGAAAAAGCUAUAUAUGCAGACGUUGUCUUCAGCACUUUCAUAAUGAAGACAAUUUGAAGACACAUAUGGAAGACUGCUCUAGACAUGAUGCCGUAAAAAUAAAGCUCCCUACCGCUGGAAAAAAUGACAAAAUAAGAUUUACAGAACACAAUAAAUCAAUGAAAGUUCCUUAUGUCAUUUAUGCCGAUCUGGAGAGCAUGCUCCUCCCGAUUUCUACUUGUGAACCAUCGGGAGUUGAUGAAAACGGUGCUAAGAGAUCGUACACAUACAGCUAUCAGAAACACGAAGCUAUAAGUUUCUGUUACUAUAUCUCUGACAGUGAAAAGCCUCCAACGACAUAUUUCGGGGAAGAUGCUGGACGAAAGUUUGUCGAGGCGUUGAAAAAGGAAGCCGUAGAGAUAAAACAAAUCUAUGAAAAGAUCAUUCCAAUGAAACCAUUGGAGGAAGAAGAGAUACGUAGACAUAAAGAAGCGGUAACCUGUCACAUCUGCCAGGAACCUCUUAAUGAAACCGACAAAGUGAGGGAUCACGACCACCUCACCGGUUUGUAUCGAGGCCCUGCCCAUUCCAAAUGUAACUUAUUGUUUACUAAGCCCAAAUUUAUUCCUGUUUUCUUGCACAACCUUUCUGGCUAUGACAUACAUCAGUUCAUCAAAGAAAUAGGACGACAAGGUGAGAAACUCAAAGUGAUUCCGCAAAAUGAUGAGCGAUAUAUAUCAUUCACCGUUCAAGUUAGGGGAGGGUUGGAACUAAGAUUCUUGGACUCUUUUAAGUUUUUAAGUGCAAGUUUAGACCAAUUGAUUAACAAUUUAACUACAGAUCAGUUGGAGCAUACAAAGAGAUUUGUCAGAUCAUCACAGAUAGAGUUGGUAACAAGAAAAGGGGUUUAUCCCUAUGACUUCAUGGAUAACAUAACAAAAUAUGAUAUGACAACUCUGCCGGAACUUCAUGAUUUCAAAAACAAAUUAAAUAAGUGUGAUGUAUCAGAAUCAGAUUAUGAGCAUGCUCAAAAGGUUUGGAAUGAGUUCAACAUCAAAGAUAUGAGAGAGUACACAUUGUUUUACAACAAGAUUGACGUCCUCCAGUUGGCAGACGUUAUGGAAAACUUCAGAGACGUUUGCCUUCAAACAUAUAGUCUCGAUCCAGCAUGGUACUUCACAUCUCCCGGAUUAGCCUGGUCGGCGAUGCUGAAACUCACUGAUGUAGAGCUCCAGUUACUAACCGACCCCGAUAUGAUUCUAAUGGUUGAAAAAGGAAUUCGUGGAGGUGUUUCGCAGUGUUGCUUGAGACAAGCUCGAGCCAACAACAAGUACAUGAGUCAAGGCUUCGAUGAGAACAAAGAACCUAGCUACCUGGUGUACUUAGAUGCGAAUAACCUAUAUGCUUGGGCUAUGUCGCAGGCGAUGCCAUUCGGUGACUUUAGAUGGCGAAAAGAUACUAAAAUAAAUGUUUUAGACAUCAGUGAUGACGCAGCCACCGGCUACAUUCUUGAAGUUGACCUCGAGUAUCCUGAAGAAAUUCAUGACCACCAUGCAGACUUUCCACUCGCACCUCACCACAUGAUUCCACCUGGGUCAAAAAUACCCAAACUAGUCACCACUUUGUACGACCGAUCUAGAUACGUUGUACACUACAGAAAUUUAAAACAGUAUCUAAACCUCGGAAUGAAACUAAAAAAUAUACAUCGGGUUCUUGAGUUUUCUCAAAAACCGUGGAUGAAACCAUACAUCGAUUUAAACACUAACAUGAGGACCAAGGCAAAGAAUAAAUUCGAAAUUGACUUCUACAAGCUUAUGAAUAACGCGGUAUUUGGGAAAACUAUGGAAAACCUUCGGAAUAGAGUGGAUGUUCGUCUGGUAACCGACGAACGACAGGCGGAUAAAUUCAUUGCCAAACCGACAUUCAAGAGUCGGAAAAUAUUUACGGACCAUCUUGCAGCUGUGCACAUGACCAAAACAUCACUUCUUUUCAACAAACCGAUUUACGUGGGGGCGGCUAUUCUAGAUGUGUCGAAAACCCUUAUAUACCGUUUCCACUAUCAAGUGAUGAAGAGCAGAUAUGGUGAUCGAGUCAUACUCACCUAUACUGAUACCGACUCACUGAUUUACAUCAUAUAUACAGAAGACUGGUACAUGGACAUGAAAGAAAUUAUUGACGAGUUCGACACGAGUGCAUAUCAAAGUGCCAACCCUUUUGGUAUGCCUCGAGUAAACAAAAAAGUUCUCGGAAAAAUGAAAGAUGAGCUGGAAGGUCUGAUCAUGGUUGAAUACGUUGGACUGAAGUCAAAAAUGUAUGCUACUGACGUAGAGGAAGGUUUGAAUUGUAUAAAAACAUCUAAAAAGGCUAAAGGAAUCAAGAAAUCAGUGGUGGAAAAUGAAAUCACAAUAGAUGACUAUCGCAGAUGUUUGAAGACUCUCGAAGAUGUGUACAGACAAAUCAACAGCAUCCGAAGCCACCUGCACGAUGUUUAUAGUACGACACAAUUCAAGAAAUCACUUUCGCCAAAGGACGACAAACGGUGUGUUCUUCGAGACGGAUUAAGGACGCUACCCUGGGGCCAUAGAAGAAUUCCUACUGAAUGUACAUAA